UAAAUUGUUUUCUGGAACAGACCUACUUAAGAAGUUCCUUUUCUGCAUAAAUAAUGUAAUACAAACUACCCAUUGUACAUUAGGUCUAAUGUUAUUAUACACACUGCUGUCUGCAUGCAUUCAGCUAUGUUGUUAUAAAUGUAAUUUAUAUGUACAUUUUGUUGUAUAAUUAUUAUAGACAGUCUUUCUGUGCAUACAUGAUAUAGCUGCAAAAAAAUGUAUUUAAAAUUGUAAAAAGUAUCUAAAAAAUUAUUAAUAUAGUACACAUUCAUGUACAUGAAUUCACAAUUUGUUUUAUUCUUUCAGCAGCUGACUGUUCUUAUAAAAGACUCCUUGGACCCUAACAAGUUCAAGGAUGUUCUAGUAGUAAAAACUGAGGAAAGACAUGCACGUUUGCAGGCCAAAUCUUCAAAGAGACCAGCCAUAGCCUUAUUGAAUGCUAUAUUGACAUGUGUUUUCACCAAAGCAGAAUUAGCUGUUUCUUCUGGACUAGGCAUCAGAAAGAUGAAAGGAGAAGUAGCUAGUUGCCCGUUGGAUGGUACAAAAAUUGAAGCAAUACGAGAGUAUAUCAUGUACCAUUGUACGCGUGAGGGAUGGCAGCUGCCUUCUAAAGUUGAAUUUAAUACAACAAUAACCAACAAAGUUACAAACUGCAGAAGGAAACUGUUAACUCAUCCAGUGCUCAAGAAAAAAUCUUGUUGAAUUACAAUUAAUGUACAUUUGGAUAUGGACAUACACAACAAUCAACUGGAUUAUUUGCGUCAUAAUUUUUCUUUACAUAAAUUUAUACAUGUGUUGAGUGAACAUGGCUUUUAUAUACACAUGUAUUUAUAAGAUGGAAAUUUUUUAGUGUUGUCUUAAUAAUAGUGUGAUAGAAUUAUGAAUUCUAGCUAAGCUAUCCAUUCUCUUUUAAAAAAGUGGCAGGAUUCUAUUAAGUGUGUGUAUAAAAGUGAAAGAUGGGUCCUUGUACUAUUUAGCAAAGAACACAAUAACAUUUAGAUAUUUGCAUACAUGUACAUGAAUGUGCAUUAGUGGCACACAAUAUAUAUUGAAAGUAAAUACAAUGUAUAUUUGUAUAUAUGGGAUAUAGUUUAUAUGGAAAAUGUGUUUAUUGAGAAGUAUAAGUUUAAUUCUUAUUGAGGUAAGUUGCUGUAUUGCCAUGAAUAUUACUUUAUCAAGUUUCCUGCCAGCUAGCUAUCUGACUAUAAAACCCUAUUUUGAAUACAUGUAUAUAAAAAUGUAGGUUGUUAAACAUGCAUGGUGACUGGACACAUCCCCCCUUAGAAUAAAGAUCUGAUGAAAAUACUUUUUUUAUAUUGAAAGACCAUUUUUAAUUACAUAUAUAAUGGUAUAUACAUUUGUGUACUUUGUCAAACUGCUAUACAUAUAUAUUUAACAUGUUCAAUGUAACUAUUAAUUCAAUGAGCUAAAUCUUUUUCAUUAAAACAAAACAUUUGGUACUUAUAAAUCCUCAGUGCCCCUUAAUUCAUGCUAAUUUACUGGUGUAAAUAAUAUUUUUUUAAAUGAUUUUAAUGAUCACUUAAUUUCAUGUAAAUGUACUGUAUGUUCUUUAUAUGAUGUGUUUUGAUAUUUUGAAUUAUUAGCUGAUCAGUUCAUAUAUCAUGAAAAUUAUGCUUAAAUUACAUUUCUAAUAAUUUGAUUACCAGUACGUAUCAUGAUAUUCAAUGUUAAGCUAUGAGCUACAUACAUAUAUAGCUAGAAAAUUGAUUUCCAUUUCUUGAAAUUACAUAUAUAUUGCAUGCAUUUUAUUCUGACAUCAAUAUUUGUUAUCAUAUUGAAAAGCUAAACAUAUUAUUUAAGUUACAUGUACUUCAGGAUUGUUAAUUAAUAAAAAUAAAUUUGU